UUGGAAGGAAGUGGAUAUUUUGAUGUCCGAGACAGGGGAGAUAGGUGGAUUCGUAUAUUCUUGGUUGCUGGAGACCUUAUUGUUUUGCCUGCUGGAAUAUACCAUCGCUUCACCCUGGAUGAAAAAAACUAUGAUUUUUUCUUAAGUCUCCUGCUUUAAAUGAGCAGAGAACCAGUGUGGACCCCUCAUAACCGCCCACAGGAAGACAUGCUCGUAAGGAAGGAUUAUGUCAGAAAAUACAUCACUGCUGCCUAAAUGGUGUUGAGCUACGUAUGCCACAGAUAGGAAUUAUAAUGCUCCAAAUGUAUCUAUUAAUUACCAGAAGAUGUAACAUAUAUUGUUAAAAGCUUUGUAAUUAAUCACAAACUGUUGUGAACUGUCAUGCUUGAUAAUUCUAGCAGAGAACUUUUUGUGAAAAAUGAUAUGAUAAUGUGCCUUAUACAUUAGAGUUAACUAUGUUCAGCCUUAUGAGGAGCCUACAAAAGUCCUGGUUAUGUUGGUUUUGAAUAGUUUGCUUUUUUGGGGAAAAUAUAUAAACAUUCAUUAAUGGUUAUGGUGAAUUUUUAUGGACAAAUAUUCCUUGUGGCAAACCUGGCACAAAGUUUCAAGUAAGCUGAUGAGACACCGUGGCAUCUGUCUUGCGUUGGUCAACUUUUACUAAAUAUUACUACUAAUCAUGAACAACUGAGUGGAUUUUGAUCUGAGGUGGUCAGAAGCAUCCUUGGGAAAAGGGGUCUCCGUUUUAUAUAAUCAAUUUGAGCUCUGCUGGGCCCUGAAUGGAGGGGUUGAAAAGGGGAAAUUUAGCAAAUUCUUUAAAAUCCUUCUUCAGUAGGAAUAAUUAGAUUAUGUUCAAAUUUUGUGUGCAGCAUCCUUGGAUGAAACAGAUUCAACUUUGGAUAAUCAGUGGGUCUCAGCUGUCUGGGGUGGGAGGGGCAGGGCCCAAUCGGGGAAUUAUCUAUAUAACUUUUCCAAUAAUGCAGAUAAAGUAAUUUUAGCAAAUUUAACCAGGUUAGCAAUGCUGGCCUUAUGGGCCUCUUCUUUAUGAGUUUCUUGUAAUAAUUAUUACAAAGACUGAUGUUGGUUUAUAGGUAAAUGUGUAUCCAGGUAUCAUACAACAGUACAGCUGCUCAGCAGAUAUUUUUGAAAAGUGUGUGAUCUGACCUUGUCACAGAUUCCAUACAGAAGUGUUAAGAAACAGUUUUAUUACAAGGCCUUUUAAAUUGUUGUCAGCUGAUAAGAGCUGUUGGAGGUAUAGACUGGAUUGUCAACUAUAAUUUCUCUACUCUCUGUUUUGAGUUAAUUUUGAAAACAAAAUAACAGGUUCAGGGUGAUUCUGCCAUUUUUAACAGCUGAAUCGUUUGUUCAUCAUUGCAGAAUUCAUUCUGUGAUGGUGACUGGAAAUUUUCAGACAAAAAAAAUCAAAUUUCCAUAUUUCACAAUUGGUACCAUCUUGUCAAGUUGUGUUUGUACACUACAGCAUUACAGGUAUAUUCUUACGUUUAAUGAACAACACAUAGUGAUCAGAAUUAGGGCUGUUAAAUGAAAUGGUACUUAAUCAAGUUGUUGUUAAAUUUGGAAUAAAACAUUUUCAAAUUAUUGCCAGUGCAAAUACUCCCAUCUCUUUUUCUCACAAACAUUCCCAUAGUUAACAGGUAGGAUUUCUGAAGCUCCGACCCACACAGAGAUUUCUUUGCUGAUUUGACCAAUCAGCAUUGUUUUGAUGACAAAUUUGUGAAAGAUGGUUAUCCUGAAUAGACUGGAUGGCUUGUUUUUACUACUCUUCUCCAGACUUUGCUUCGAAAAUAAAACAGUUGCAAUACAAUAAUUUCAUUGAAUGCAGUCUAAAGGAAAAAAAAUUGUAUUAAUACAACUUAAUAAUAAUAAUUAUAAUUGGCUUUCUUUAUUUUUGAUAACAUAUUGAGCAAUAUGCUCAUCUUACAUAUGGUCAAGAAGAUAAAAUACAAUAUUUACAAAUAAUCCAGUCUAGGGCCCUGGACAGAAUUUUCUAGGAGUGCAGUUAAACGGAAAACCAUUGCACUAAAGUAGGCAAUCCAGUCUAGUGUAGAUGUAUAUAUUACAAGGUCUUUGAAGGGUAGGUUCAAACCCUUGGUUGUGCCACAUUGUUUGGAAAUGGAUUUGAACCUGACACUGCUGGAAGGGUAUUAUUGUUUACAAUGAGAUUUUUUAAAUACUUUUACUCUGGCGUAUUGUAUCAUUUUACAUUGUUUAUAUUACACUAUAUAUUCAGUGUAUAUCGCACUGCAUCUUGUAUUUAUGUUAUACACUUGUAUGAUAAUAAACUAGCAAUAGUUAUCACACUAGAAUUCCAUAUUUUGUGGAUGUGAAGAACGUACAUGAAUUUGCUCAGUCCUCUCAAAAUUGAAUGCUUUUAAAAAAAAAAAUGUUAAAAAUAUUGAAAUUCACGAUCAGAUAUUUUUAUAAUUUGAAGAUUCAAACUUUAUAAAGAGGAUUCAUACAAACUGAUCAAACAUGUAAGAAAUCAAGAAUUACCUUGAAUGUUCACCCAAAUUCACAUCCGCAAAAACAUUUUGAAAUGUUUUAUUUUACUCAAGUUUAAGUUAAUCGUCAUAUUAAACAGAGUUAUUAGUACCUACCAAAAUCAUAGGUAUGCCCUACUCUCAAAAACAGAUUUUAUCCCAGACUCAUAGAAAAACAGAAGUUGUAACCCAUUGCUUUUUGGAUUGGGUUGUCAUGGUAGUGUUAUGGUUAGGCAGUUGUAGAAGGUCUUGGUUAGGGGAUUAGGUAACAUAGAUAGUGAAAUCUUUGUCCAGAUAGGGCACAAGUCAAAAAUUAUCUUCCUUUUGACAAUUGUGUUACAAUGUCCAUAUAUAAGAAAAAUUAAGACAAUGUAUUAUAUACAGUAAUUGAUAUUGAUCGGAGGCUUUCAAAUUUGUAUUACCUGUCUUCAUUGUACUUGAAUAUGAUAUAUGGUGUGUGUACAAAUGAAAAGAUAUAUCGUCAUACAUGUACCUGUUUUAAUAUUAACCGAGUCUGUCGGACCAUUGUUUUCUUUGUUAUGGUAAAGUCAUAUUUAGAAAUGGCAUGUACUUUGGUAAUAUUUUAGAGGCAAUCAAACAAAAUGCUUUUUUUUAUAUGCAUCGAAUGAUUGGGAGCAUAUUUUUUUUAUGCUGUCUGGUUGUCCAUUGUAAACUUUAACGUUGCCCACAACCAUUGAACUGGAUGAGAUAGGGCUUUCAUAUUUGGCAUGUGGGUUCCUUGUGACAAGACCUUUCCACUGGUAUCAAACUUUUUCAACAUGUGACCUUUACUGUGACCUGUGACCUACAUUUGUAAAAAAAAUUAACAUUGGCCAUAACUAUUGCAUCAUGAGAGGUAUGAUUUUUAUAUUUGGCAUGUGUGUUCCUUGUGGAAAGACAUUUCAGGUGGUACCAGAAUUUUUUACCAUAUGACCUUGACCCUGGCAUUUGACCUACAUUUGACAGUAAAAAACAUUUCCACAACGAAGACGUAAGUGUUUCACAAAGUGUGCAUGAAAUUAGCAAAUGCCUUACACAGAAGAGUUUUUAUGUCCCACUUCAGAAUCUUGUAACUGAGGGCAUAGUGUUUUAUAAACACAUCUUGUUUUUUAUUUUUAAAUGCAAUAGCUGUAAUUUAGGUUCUGAAUUUAUACUCUUGAUAAUACGGGUUUUAAUAUAAUUGUAUUAAAGAAUUGCUUUCAUGUUAAUUUUAUGCAUGUUUGAUAAUUAUACAGGUUGUUAAAUUUCUACUGUAAAUCCUGACUUUAGCAACACCCAUCUUGACUGUCGCCAAACUUCAGCAACAUCCAUCUCCACUUAAGCAACACCCAUCUUCACUGUUACCAAACGUUAGCAACAUCCAUCUUCACUGUCACCAAACUUUAGCAACAUCCAUCUUCACUGUCACCAAACUAUCAACUCCUAUAUUUACUGACAUCUGACUUUAUCAACUCCUAUAUUUACUGACAUCUGACUUUAGCAACUCCUAUAUUUACUGACAUCUGACUUUAUCAACUCCUAUAUUUACUGACAUCUGACUUUAUCAACUCCUAUAUUUACUGACAUCUGACUUUAUCAACUCCUAUAUUUACUGACAUCUGACUUCAGUAACUCCUAUAUUUACUGACAACUGACUGUAUCUACUCCUAUAUUUACUGACAUCUGACUUUAUCAACUCCUAUAUUUACUGACAUCUGACUUUAUCAACUCAUAUAUUUACUGACAUCUGACUUCAGUAACUCCUUCAUUUACUUGACGCUUGACUUUAGGUGCACUCAUCUUAACUGAAGCCUUAUUUCCCUAAUUUUACAGACUUUGGCCCAGACUUGACUGGUUUAUAGAAAGUACCAGUGAUUUGUUCAGUCUUGCUUCAUAUUCAUUUUAUAUUGUAUUGAAGACAAAUAAAAUAUGUACUCAUCAAUAA